AUGAAGCUCCCAAUUCUCGUCUUCGCCGCAAUUUCGGAGAGUUUGGCUCAGUUGAAUGAGAGCACCUUUAAAAAUUUGCUGUUCGAUUGUCCUGAGGCGGCCGAAUACUUUCCCCAGAACGCAACACGUGGCUUUAUUUUUGGAUUCGUACACGCCGAGGUUCCGUAUCUCCACAAUUACACGUUCGACCUAGAAACAGAGCAAAUCGAUGCAGCGAGGUGAGGACUUGUUUCUGAAAUUCGGCAUGAAAUUUGACGGCGAUUUCAGCGCACCUCUUCCUUUGCGUCCUCAGCGCGACUCUAAAUUUGUCCCCACAAGGUAUCAGAAUGAUCUUUGGGCAUUCUUCGCUACGGAUUUUCAACAAAUUGGACUUUUGCGCAACUAUCACGGGUAAGUAUUAAGGAAAAAUUUCCUUUCUUUUUUUUAUUGCAUUUUACUCCAAGUGCAACACUCAGAAUUUGAUGAAACUUGGGACAAGUUUAGAAUAGGCUUUCCUAAAACGUACAGACUGCUAAUUUGCGUUUUGCAGCACGCAGCGUAAAGCAAUCCAGUGGCUGAACACGUCUGAAGAAAUCGAAAUUCAUAUGGGAUACGAAGACUUUCUUCAAAGAGUCUUCAUGGUCAGAGACUUUGUGUUUUAUUGGGUUCAUUACGAAUUAACUCCACGGUUCCUUAGGCGACGCUGGAUACGUGAUUCCGACAUAGAAAAGGUUUAUUUGAUUCCAUUUUACGACGACAUCAAAAACUACUUCUACAUGCAGGAUGUGGGCGUUCUGUACUAUUUGAAGGGCGAUGAGUGUCUGCUGGCGGCUGAGCAUUUGGAAACGGUGAGGAAAUUGAAGAAAUUUUUGUAUAUUUUUUAUUUUUUUUUUAUAUUUUUUAUAUAUUUGGACUUUAUUUUUUUUAUUUUUUUUUAUUUUUUUAUUAUUUUUUUAUUUUUUUCAUUUUUUUUUACUUUUUUUGUUUUUUUGUAUUUUUUUUUAUUUUCUUGCAAUAAUUUUUUAUUACGAAAACAACUUUUUUAUUCAUUUUUUUUAUUUUUUCAGAUAAAAAGUCCGCUUCAUGGGCCCCAAGGAAAAUGCGACAAACCACAUGGAAUUUAUGCCAGAGCCAAGAUAGACGUCAUUUAUCCUCUUGUAAAUUUGUUUUUACAAUAUUUUACACUAAAAUUUAAAUAAUUUUGAGAAUUUUAACAAUCUUUUAGUCCAAGUUCGCAUGGCUCGGAAGGAAAUGCAGAUCACCGCUGUGGCAAAAUUACGACGCACAUGCCUACUUUUACAUCCGUUUUGUCUACUCACCGCCGUCGGUGGGUGGAAAUGAUUUUUAUUUUCUUUUAUGCAUGGUGUAACGAGAAGUUAGGCGCGCAAAUUUCCAAGUCUUUGAAAAUUUGUUUUUGCACAGUGCAAUAAAAAUCGUUUUUUGAGCAUUUUUUUGCACUGUGCAGACGCGAUGUUUUGAUCGCCCAAAUUGUGGAACUCUUUGAUUGCACGGUGCGUAGAAAGGCCUGGAGAUUUUUUGAACCGCACCGUGCAAAAAUUUUUUUGUCAAAGUUUCCUGUUGACUGCGCAGUGCAAAAAGCAAAGACGAAAAGUUUCGAGCCGCACCGUGCAAACAGUUUUUUGGUUGCACUGUGCAGGCAACAAAAAGCUGGCAUUAAAAUUUUUUGCUGCAAUUGUAAGCUUUUUUUCAGGGCACCAAAAGAACAACGACCACCACUACGACCACCACUACCACUACAACUACAACUUUCACAGUAUGUUUUUUGUUUAUUUUUUUACUUUUCAAUUGAAAAUUUUCCCCCACCGAACAUGACCACGACCAUGACUACCACAGUAUGCUUUUUUCAUUUUUUUACUCUGCGACACAGGAUUUUUUUCACUGCACAGUGCAGAAAAAACAGUUCAAAUUUUGCUACGUUUUAUUUUCAGACAACCACAACAACAACAACAACGACCACCACCACGACGUCAACUACAGUACCCUCUACUGCAAGUUUAUGGCGGGGCUCAAAAAACCGACAGGACUUUUUUUGUCAUUUGAACAGGAUUUUUUUUUUUUUUUUUUUUUUUUGAGUGCGCAGUGCAGUACCAGCCUUUCCGGAAUGUCGCCGGGCCAAAAUCGGCGGCGCGCACUGUGCGAAGAACACAACUUUUCUUUGCACUGUGCAAUUUUUGCUUUUUGCACUGUGCAAUUGGCUUUUUGGGCUGUCGCUCGCACCAUGACUUUUUUCGCACAGUCCAAACGUCAGAAACCAAUCCGGCGGCUUUCCGGAAGGACCAGUAAAAAAAGAAAAAAGACAUUUUUACUCUUAACUGUAAGUUUUAUUUUCAGACAACCACAACAACGACUACCACUCCAACGUCUACUACAGCACCCUCUACCGUAAGUUUGUGGGCAUUGUCCAAAACAGCGACAAGAAAUUUUUGAUUUUUAAAUUUUGCACUGUACGAAAUUUGUCGCAGAACGAGUGUAAUAGAAAAAAAUUAAAAUGCAAAAAAAACAUACAUUUUAAGUUCUGUAUUUUCAGAACACCACCACAACAAACACGACCAACAACACCCUAACGUCUACUACAGUAACCUUUACUGUAUCGCCCUCAAGAAUUGCUCCUAGUAGUGCAAAGUCGACUGUGGAGUAGGUUUUGUUACAGUAGUCAAAAAAGUUUUUUAAUGUUAUCCUUGUACCGCAAGAUGCGGAUUUUUGGCGAAAAUUAUUUGUUUUUUUUUGUUGCACGGUGCGAAAUUAGUUUUGCAUUUUUUGCAUAGUGCAAUUUUUGCCAAUUUUUUUUUAUUAUGCGAUACAGGAAUCCUUUGGCUACCGCCACAACCAAGUUCUCCAAUCGAACGUCCACUCAACUACCCUCUUCUGUAUCGCCAACAAGAAUUGAUCCCAAUGCCAAGCCAAGUACAAGUAAUGUGUCUUUUGUCACCACAGGCUUGCCUGCGCAGUAGGUUAUUUUACAGCAGGGCAAGAAGUUUUAAGCCGUUUUGAAACAUGGGUAAAAGUUCCUUAUUUUGGCCACAACUUAUAACUUUGCGGAAACUGGCGGAAUUAGCCCACAUUUAACGUGCACGCUCAAUUCAUCGUUGUCAAUGCCCGGACAGGGGAUUUAGUUAGUGAGGUACCUUCUUUUUUACGUACCAUCUUACCCUUCAAAAACGGCUGCAGCCUGUGAUUUUACACUUUAUACGAUGAAAACUGUCCGGAACUAAACUUAUUGCCUCCGUAUAGAACUAAAUGAGUCGGCAUCGCCUUCGUAGGUAACCUUAAAACUGUAGAGCUAUUAUAGUAAUUCAGUGCCAGCUAGGUCGAAGCGUUUUUUCCGAACUUUAGUGCCCAAGCUUGGGCGCAGUUCGCGGAGUACAUUUUUGUGGCCAAAAUAAGGAACUUUUUCCGAAAUAUGAUUAACUUUUUUUUAGCUUCGAAGAAUUGGUGAUGCCACCGAAAAACUCCACUGUCUACAUCAGUGUUGGCUCGAUUUUUGUCUUGCUAGCCCUCCUCUUCCUGAUUUCCGUUUCAGGUGCGUUAGUCUACAGAGAAGGGCAAGAUAAGGUAAAGAAAUUGGUUUUUGGUCCUAGAAUGACGCUGCGUUUUUUAGAAAGAGAGAGACUUGAAAAAUCAGCGCCCUUUUAAGUCGACGGAAACUUUGAAAAAUGCAAGUGGUACUGUUGAUGUGAAGACAAAGACGGAAACUCGCUCUUCCAUGAUGAAUCAGAAGUCGUCCAAGGUAAGGGAGGAAACUGAAAAUAUUUCUGAUUGAAUGGGAAAAAUGUUUUUUGAAGCGUUAACAGCAAAACGGAGUUUUUUUUUUAUUUUUAUUUGCACUGUGCAGUAAAAAAUUUUUGAAAUGGUCUAGUUAGAAUUAAAAUAUUUUUUGAAAUGUGAUAAAAAUUCGAGUUUUUUUAGAUGGCCACGACUUCCAUUGACCAAAAUUUAACCCUCAAAAAGAACGAAAAUGGUAACAGCAACAAGGUAAGAUUUUUUUUUUAUUUUGCACUGUGCAGAUCAAAAAAUGACGACUGUACUGUGCAAUGGGAACUUAAUUUUUUGUACAGAGCAAGUUUGCAGAAAGGCAUUUUCAUUUUAUCUAUUUUUUUUUGCAUUGCACGUCAAUCCAGCGCAUUUCCUGAACCGUUUCGAAACUUCGUAUCGUUUUCAUUGAUUUAAAAGUGAGACGAAAUGUCGCGAAAUUAUCGGCACUUUUUCUCGCCCGAAAUAAUUGUUUUUUCUCUAAAAGGAAGAAGAAAGAUAAGAAAAUGCUUUUUAUCGGAUAGUGACAUUUCGUCUUGAACGAAUCACCAAAAAGGGGCGGGAAAUUUUUUCUUCUAUUUUGGAUUGACGUGCAUUGUGAAGACAAUAUUUUUCGGCACGGUACAAUUAGAAUUAAACUAUUUUUUGUAAUGUGGUUAAAAUAUGAGCCUUUUUAGAUUGCCAUGAACACGGAAGACGAAAAUUUAACCCUCAAUAAAGCCAAAAAUGGUAACAGCAACAAGGUAAGAAUGGAGAUUCACCGUGCAUACAAUUUUAAUUUUUGCACCAUGCAUAACGAAAAAUGAUGACUGCAAUGGGAAAUCAAUUUUUGGCACAGUGCAAGGUUUUUUGCUGCGAAAAAAAGUGUUUCAAUAAAAUAUGUAACAUUUUUCUUUUCAGAAAGCGGAGAAAGGAAAGAAGGGAAAGAAAGACCGUUCUGCUCCGAUUCAAAAAACCGCAUCCAGUGAGUUCAAGACAACGGAAAGCCAAAAAUUUCACUAGACAAAAAAGCUCGCCCGAAGUGAAGAUGUAUCCUGUUGUAAAUAUAAAUUUGAUAAAAAUGUUUUUUUUUUCUUGAGAUCUUGUUUUUCUGAGUGCCCUAAGAAAGCGUGAAGGAUCUGGAUAGAAAAUUCACAAAUUUGGUAUUUUUACAGCCGAGAAGCCUCGAAUGAAACGGAAUGCCAAUGCAAUAAUCGUGGGUUCCAGAUGUCACAAUGAGCACUAGGCGGGCCAAAAAUUCUUACAUGCUUUCACACUGUGCGGGCGUCGGUUUAAUUUCGUGAUAUGAACAGUCUUCCCACCCUCUUCCGCUUUCCUUGUAAAAAAUACUGUAAUGACGUCAUGUUUUUUGCAGAGAAAAUCCAAAUAUGUAAUUACCUUCAUAGUUCUUUUUCAAAAAUUUUCUGUUUCAAAAAAUCGCGCAAAUUUUUCUGCGUUUUUUUUCUGCCGUUUGAUUAGUGCCUAAUUUACGAUAUAUAAGUGUCAUAAAGUCUAUAGAAGCAGAACUGAGCGGUUGCUUUAGUUGGACCGUUCUGUUCGCCAUUAAAAACCGAUGUGUGCUUCUCCGAGAAGUAUCUGCUGCUGUCACUGUUGGGCAAGGGCGGAUUUAGGUGAGAUAUAUUUAAUUUUUUUUCGAGGUUUUUUGUUUUGGAUUACAAUUUUCGCUUUUGUAACGGCUUGUGGUAUUUGCUUGCUUUGUAUAAUAUAAAAUUUUUUAAACCAUGAAGUUUAUGUUAUCCAUGAUGACUAAUCCCAGAAAUAAUACAUAUUUUAGUGAAGUAUGGCGAGCCUACGAUCUGGAUGACAAACGAUAUGUUGCCUGCAAGAUCCACCAAGCCAGUAAACAAUGGAAGGAAGAGAAGAAGGCGAACAAGGAGGCAGAUGUAAUGCACAUAAACUCCAGGACUAUGCGAUUUGGUACCUGA